AUGCAGCAGCCGGAAGAGGAUAGCGAUAACUGCGGGAUAUGGGUGAUUCUCAACAUCGCCAGCAUACUCGGCUUGCUGCAGAAGCAACCACCGGAAAACCGCAUGACCGCUGAGAGUUGGGCGAAAAGGGCCUACGACGAGUUACGUAAAUCUCUGCGUGAAUUAAAUCGCCUUUCGCUGAACAGCUAUAGGGACGAGUUUGCAGACAUCCUCGAGCAAUCUCCAGCGUACGACCAAGUGAAAGGACGAGUCGACCUCAACCUCAUCGCUCGCAGCUCAACAGCACCACCACCACGGGCACAAUCAAAGCAAGUGGCGUCUAUGCUGGCAAAAAUUAGGUCAAAGAACCCCGUAGACGUCGAAAUUAUCGACCUCGAACAGGAAUCGCCUUCAACUCCUACCACGAAGGAGUUGGAGCCGAUUCCCAGACGUUCUCUUCCCUCCACGAUUCGCCCGAUCGACGGACCAACCGCGACGCACGGGAAGCGACCAUCGGCCUGUAAGCAGCAGGAGAAGGUCGUUGUACCGAAGCAGCGCAGGUCCGAUUUCGAAAUAAUGUACGAACCGGAGGAUGAUUUGCCCCCGAGAAUUAGACAAAAUAACCGUGCUGUUCUUCCGUCAUCGGACGAUGAUAAUGGCAACUCAUCGGCUGAUGAUUCCCUGCAUCACGAAGGCAUCAAUACAGAGAUAUGCCCGCAAGAUUUGCUGCACGGCCAAAUCGAUAUAGAUUCGAUGCUAGUCGUUGCACGCGAUCUCAUGGAUUUGGCGACGGGCAUGAACUUAUCCUUAACUAACACCAGAAAAUAUAAACCGGUGCAAAAUAAAAAAUUGACGACCGAACUUGACAAACGCUUCGAUCAUGUUCGCAAUUGGGUCGAGUUCGACCUCUUCGAUUACGGUACCGACACCAUAUAUGCCAUUUGCGGUAUGGCCAAGGAUUAUCGACAACUGCCCUUGGCUGUACCGUUUAAAAACCUGUGCCACGAAGCUGCCAGAAAAAUGAACCCUAACACCACGACCUAUAAGAGGGACAAGGAUUCUUCGUUGACGGUAUACUCCGAAGAUUUCGCAAGUUUCAAUCGAAUAUUGAAAAAUCUGAAGGAAAAAUUUUUAGUCGAUAACAACGACAAAUUAUACGAGAUCCUAUUCUACAAAUCACACCAUGGCUGCAAGGGCAAAACGGAGGUUGCAAUAGAAUAUUUGCGUACUCUAUUUGUACCCAAUCCGAAAUCUUUAGUAUUUCUUCAAAUCCAUUACGGAUGCACGGUCCAGGCCCCUAAGGGAAGCCACAUAGUCUUCCGCUAUCCACAAGUUCGGAAGGUUUUGGGUACCCAGUUUGUGCAGAAGAGAAAUUAUUUUCUCUCACAAGCUGGGUUCUUCCACGGGUGCCGUUAUCCGAAGAUGUUUCCGCGUGCGUACGCAAACAUCGAUGCAGCAUUCACGGAGCAUAGUCGUCAUCGCUCAUUGACUGCCUAUUUUCUCUCGAACAAGUUUGCGUUCGAUGCAAAACCUGACAACAGGACGAUAAGCAUGCGGCAUUUAUUAGAAUUAAACGCAUGGUUGCGUAAAAGUAGCGAGUCCAUGGAUGCGAGGAUAGAGGUGGUAGAGAUCGUUGACGACGUUGAAGACCUAUCUCCGGAAUUCAAAGUGGUAGAUCGAUGGUCCAGCACCGAUUACAGCGAGCGAAAGUUCAAGCGAAGGUCAGACCUAAAAGCUUACGGCCGGCGACUGUGGUGCAUUCUUAAUGCCUUGGCAAGCGAGCGAUCGUUCCUCCUCAUUCGUGACUGGCAACGCCACGUUGAUGUCAAUUUGCGGCCAGCGGUGAAGAUAUUGAGCGAUUUAAAUUUUCAAGAUGUGCUGAGGGUGCCUCGGCAAUAUUUUCCCGUGGCUAACGCGUGCGAGAUGCUCUCGGCAUGUUUUAUUGAAGGGUCGCCACAUCGCUACGACGUCAAGUACGUUAACAACUACCUCCUUAUGCGGGACCAAUCCAACGACAUGCUGCGAAAGUACAGGAUAACCACAUCGUUCCCGCCCCAUUUUUUCGAGGAGCAUGAGUCGUACUUUAAAUAUAUCCACAGUACCGGUCCCGAGAUGCUCCAUUUCCUAUACUAUUCGCUGCAAAGACUCGAAUACGAUGAAGAAAACAACAAAUGGAAAUAUGCCGACCCGCCUUGUACUGGCAACAUCAAAAAUGAUUUGAUGCCCAAAUGCGACCCUCGAUACCGGGUACACGAGUUCAUGAGGAGAUUGGCAGCACUGCAUUUGUACAGAUUGAGCGAUAAACACCGCAGGCUCCUGGAUAUAAACCCAGAGACUUACUUCCGCGACGAAAAAAUACCAGUGACUGGACCGGUUACCAAGUUCCAGAUAAGGGAGAGUAUCGAAAAUUCGAAACAUAUGGUCAUCAAGACACUCUGCUCCAUUUUUCUGGGAGACGACCUGCAGGUUGCCCCUUUCAUCAGAGAACACGUGGUUUAUUGGCCGGCUUGUUUAAUUGACUUUUCCGCUAAUAACACGCAUUGGCUAAAAGUAAUGAAGGAUCCAAAAAAAUUGGAACCUGGUUUGCCAAUAACGAAGCAAGUAAAGAGUUUGGCAAACUUGAAACAGUUUCAACAACAACCAACGAUUCAGGUACAACAACAACAACCUCAACAACAGUAGCCAGUCGUAUCGACAACAGGCACCCAGACCGACCCACUAUCCAUGGCAGAGG